CAUUCACAUUUAGAUAAAAAAUAUUUAUUAUUGUUUAUGAAUAAACAUAUGCAAUUUGUAUUUAUUAAAUAUUUCAUAUGCGUUGAUGUUUUGAGAAAUGAGAUUCCACGUCGCCAUGUUUUAUUUUGUUUUGGUUAAAUAAGGCGCGGAAAUGAUACAACGAAGCAUAACAUCAUUUUUUACAAAAAAAAAUACAGACAACAGUGAGGAUAAUUUAAGUAAUACUAGUGUCAAACAUGCAAAAGAGUUAAGUUCUGGAAAAGGAAAAGAAAAAGGAAAACGAAAACGACAAGACAGUCCAAAUAACAAAAAUUCAACUAGAUCUCCUGAAUCAAUUACUAAAAAUGAGGAUCAAGAAGAUGCAAAUAAUUCAAUGCAAGAAAGAAAAAAAAAUAAAAAAUCUAAUACACCUAAAAAAGCUACUAAAAAAUCGAUAAAAGUAAAAGAACAGCAAUUAGAUUCAAGUGCAGAGUUGGAAUCAAGUAUUGUGCAAGAAUCCACAAAAUCUAUAAAGAAAAAUGAGAAAGAAGAAAAUAAAGUUUUAGGAGUGUUUCAAUUAGAUAAUUCUAAGAAUAAUGAAAGUUAUGAAUCUUCAAUAGAUAGUUCAGACGAAGGAGAUCACGAAGAAAAAAAAAAUAUUUCUGGAAAAAAAUCUGAUACUGAAUCAAAUACUGAAUCAAGUGAUUCAGAAAGUGAAAGAGAAGUUUUGAAACGAUCUAAAAUUACCAAAAAAACUAAUAAGAAGAAUAAUUUCUUUGCACCUAAAGAAAAUAAAUCUCCCAAAUCUAAUAAGGAGGACAACAAAACAUCUACUGUUGACCUUUACGAUCCAAGUGCACCUAAGUAUCAUCCAAUAAAUGAUGCUUGUUGGAAAAAAGGUGAAAUGGUACCAUAUAUUGCAUUAACUAGAACUUUGGAAUUGAUAGAAGAGACAAGUGCCAGAUUAAAAAUAAUUGACAUAUUAUCAAAUUACUUUCGUUCCGUUAUAGUUUUAAGUCCAAACGAUUUAUUACCAAGUAUAUAUUUAUGUUUGAAUCAAUUAGCACCUGCAUACGAAGGUAUUAUUCUAGGAGUGGCAGAAACGAAUCUUUUGAAGGCAAUAGCACAGUGUACUGGUCGAACACUGGCUCAAUUAAAAGUAGAUGUACAAAAUGUUGGUGAUAUUGGCAUUGUGGCUGAAGGAAGUCGUUCAAACCAGAGAACUAUGUUCCAACCAGCACCACUUACAGUGUCGCGUGUAUAUACAACCUUGAAAGAAAUCGCACAAAUGAUAGGUCAUUCAUCUCUUUCCAAGAAAUUAGAUAAAAUUCAGACCCUUUUUGUUGCAUGUCGUUUCACUGAAGCUAGAUACUUUAUUAGAUCUUUAGCUGGCAAGUUACGAGUCGGUUUGGCAGAGCAAUCUCUUUUGCAGGCAUUGGCAUUAGCAUGUACUAAGACACCACCUGAGCAGAAUUAUCCAUUUAAAACUUUAAAUGUCAGUAAAAAUAUGUCACGUGAAAAUUUCAAACAAAAAUAUGAUGAAAUUGCUCUUGUAAUCAAAACUACCUACUGUGAAUGUCCUAAUUAUGAUCUAAUCAUACCAGUAUUACUAAAAGAAGGGGUUCAGUCUCUACCAGAAAGAUGUAAAAUUACUCCAGGAGUACCUAUUAAACCUAUGCUGGCACAUCCUACAAAGGGAGUCCAAGAAGUUUUAACGCGAUUUGAAGGCUUAAAGUUUACAUGCGAGUGGAAAUACGACGGUGAAAGAGCACAGAUUCAUCUGAAGGACAAUGGUGAAAUUAGUAUUUACAGUAGAAAUCAAGAAAAUAAUACUUCCAAGUAUCCUGAUAUAAUUGCGCGUUUCAAAAAUACACGAAAAGAUAAUGUUACUAAUUGUAUUCUCGACUGUGAAUCAGUAGCCUGGGAUAAGGAAAAUAAACAAAUUCUUCCAUUCCAAGUAUUGAGUACCCGUAAACGCAAAGAUGCUAACGAAGCAGAUAUCAAAGUACAAGUCUGUGUAUUUAUGUUCGACUUAUUAUAUUUAAACAAUGAAUCUCUCGUUCAAAAACCAUUUUUAGAACGUCGUCAGCUUUUAAAAGAAUAUUUCAUGGAAGUAGAGGGAGAAUGGAAAUUUGCUACAAACUUAGAUACUUCAAAGAUAGAAGAAGUUCAAGACUUUUUGGAAGAAUCUGUAAAAGGAAAUUGUGAAGGGUUAAUGGUUAAAACAUUAGAAAAAGAAGCAACGUAUGAAAUUGCUAAACGGUCUCGAAAUUGGUUGAAAUUGAAGAAAGAUUAUUUAGAUGGAAUGGGUGAUACAUUAGAUUUAGUAGUAAUUGGUGGAUAUAUUGGGAAAGGAAAGAGAACUGGUACUUAUGGAGGUUUUCUUUUGGCUUGCUAUGAUAAAGAAAAUGAGGAGUAUCAGAGUUUGUGUAAAAUUGGAACUGGAUUUAGCGAAGAAGAUCUUCAAAAGCAUACGCAAUUUUUCAAAGAACAUUUGAUAUCACAAUCGAAGUCGUAUUAUCGUUUCGAUUCAAGUCACGAACCGGAUCAUUGGUUCGAACCUAUUCAAGUUUGGGAAAUAAAAUGUGCAGAUCUUUCUUUGUCACCUGUCCAUAGAGCUGCUAUCGGAAUUGUCGAUUCGGAAAAAGGCAUAUCAGUACGAUUCCCACGAUUUAUACGUGUACGUGAUGAUAAGAAUUGUGAAGAUGCUACAACUGCACAGCAAGUGGCAGAGAUGUACAACAACCAAGAACAGAUAAAAAAUAAAACGACAGAUGCUAAAACAACAGAAGAAGAUUUUUAUUAAAUAUUAAAGAAUUUUAUUCUUAAUAACAAAUCAUUACAUAUUUCUUUAUUAUUUGACUCUUAUAUUUCAAUCAUUACUACAUGAACAAUGUGAAUAUAUUAAUGAGAAAUCAUUUUUUACUACACUAUUUGGCUAUUUUACUAUAAACAUAAGAUAAAAUGCAGAUAAA